AUGCGUGUCAAUGUUAUUCGAGCACAACGACUCGGCGGUGAUCGCACAAUAAAUCAACCAUAUGUUGUGUUGGAAAUGGAUGAACCAGCGCAAAAAUUUCAAACAAAAUAUGGACUUAAUAUUAGCCCAUAUUGGGAAGAAUCAUUCGAUUUUGAUUUGACACCAGCAUCCGAGGAGAUUCUAUUUGAAAUAUACGAAGGUAGUAGCAGCGAUACUUCUUUUAAUGCUCCAACUGAGUAUGUUGGAUAUUCUGGACAAAAGGAGCAUGAAAAUCAUCGAUUCUUAGGGCUUGCAAUUGUUAGCUUGGAUGAAGUGCGACAUUCUAGCGCUAAUAUUUUGCAUACAUUAAAACUGCAAGGGCGACCGUAUAGAAAUGACAUAAUUACGGGUAAUUUAACCGUACAGUUCGAUUUCUACUAUGAUCCAAUGGGAAAUUCGAUAGGUAAAAAUUUGGAUCAAACUAUCAUUCGAAAUAGUGCUAAUCAAUUUCACGAAAUAGUAAACAGCAGUACGACAAGGCCAGUAUAUGAUCCACGCGAUAGUUUUGGAGCGUAUGAUAAUCAUGAUAUGACAACAACGAAUACAACAACUGUCACCGUGAAAAAUGUCUCACAGCAAUCAUUAAACGACAAGACUCAACCUCUAGUGUCAGGAAUUACGACAGCACAACAAACAUCAACAACACCUAUGGCUUAUGAUUCAUUGUAUGAGCAACGAAUCGAUGUUAGUGAUAUGCAACAACAACAACACUCAUACGAUAUCACGGUUCAACAGCAAUCAUCUGGAUUGAACGAACGGCAAGGUUAUCAACAGGCUAGUAAUGCAACAACCGUUGGAAUGCAGCAACAUGUGAUACCUGGUAGUAGCACUACUAACAUUCAACAUUUUAUCACCGGAACUAAAGAUCGUCAUAUUAUUGACACCGAUAACUAUCCUUAUCACAGAUAUGAUGAACAAGAAGCAGAAGCACUGAUAAAGACUGAAGCAGAAGAAGUGUCUCAAACUAAAGAAAUUAAUGAAAUGAGACAAUCUAGAGACCAAGUAAAAACGCACAAUGAAGAGAAGACAGUUCGAAAACGUGAUCGUUCAUUCUUUAACGAAUUACGUGACCGUCUAAGUGGCCGUCGACGUUCUAAACGACGCGCUAAAAGUUGUGAACCUGGGGGCGGUGAUAUGGAAGAAACUGUAUCAUUACCACCUUCUCGAGAUAUAUCAAGGACACGAUUUUCAGAAAAGUCAGGCAGUCGACAUGAUUUGGGAUCAUCUUGUGAUAAAUCGGAACAUUCUAUCAAAAGCCUUUAUCAGCAUAGUACUUUACUCCUUGAAACGCAUGAAAAUGGUCAAAAACGAUAUUAUCUGAUACCACAUGCAGUAUUAGACGAGCCAGGAGCGACAAAACUUCUAAGGCAAGGGAAAAAAUUGCAUGUUCACAACGAUCAUACAUUUGUUGCCGUAAAAAGUCGAAGUGGUACGACUUGCAAUGUAUGCCAUCAACGAAUUGGACGAAGCAAUUUUACCAAACAAGCUUAUCAGUGUCGAGAUUGUUAUAUUGUAUGCCAUAAGCCAUGCCAUUAUAAAACGGAAUCUUAUUGCACAGCAAGUAAUGUCGACAAAUUGAAUAUAACGAAAGAUAUUGAUUGGGAAUAUCUUUUAACAAACAAUCAAAUCGAUGAAUUCAUUUCUGAAGAUGGCAUAUAA